AUGGGAGAAGUAGGAAUCAACAUUCCUUUAGGAUAGCCAUUAAACACCGAAAAAAAACUGAUAGAAAUCUAAAAAGAAUUAAAAGAUCACAUCAAUUAUGUGAACGAUUGCUUUGAUAAAGAAUUGUUAACUAUAGGAAGUUCGAAGAAUUAAAAUGGAAGAAGAAUUAAAUUAUCGCAAUAUAAGGUAGAUCCAACCAUUUUUGGUUUUUCCUUAAAUGCUUUCGAAGUACGCAAACAGGUGAAUUUCUUAUGUUAGUAAUUUUACUAAAUUUGUAUAUCAGACCCUAUAUAUUAAAAUAAUAAAAAUUGCUCAUAGAAAGAGAUUGAUCAAUCAAUAAUAAUGAAAAGAAUCAAACCAUUGACUCUUUAAUUCGGUUGGAGAGAAAUUCUCAUAUAGAUUUUUUUAGGAAUUGCAUGUAUUGGUUUGGUUGUUUGGGAUGCAGUUCAAUUACAAUUUAACGUAUACCCUGAGAUAUGUGGAUCGAGCAUUCAUUAUUUGCUCUACCUGAGAAUAGGCUUAUUUGUCCUCCUCUUCCUUUCCUAACUGAUGUAUUUCAAUUAUUAAACUAGUUAUGUGAGAAAAGCCUUGAAAGUACAAUUUUAUAUAUCUUAUUUCUUGAGUUUGAUAAUUACAAUUUUAACCAUCCUGUGUCUUUAUGGAUACAAUCUUCUAAGCGAGAAAUAUGAUCAAAUUAUAUUGUAGAUGUCAUAAUGUGGAGUUAUUUUUAUAGGAUGCUUUCUCAUUUGCAUUCAUUUAUAUAAAUUAGAAAUCAAUUUAUAGAGAAUAAGAGUAUUGUUGGGAGCAUAAUAUUAAUCGCCUCUGUGUUUUUUUUGA